AUGCCGAAAGCGAAGAAAAAGUUCAUAGAUCGCAAGAAAGCAGUAACUUUCAAUUUAGUGCAUAGAUCACAACGAGAUCCCUUAAUCGCCGAUGAAACCGCUCCUCAGCGUGUGCUUGUGCCCGUAAACGCCAGUAUUCCUGUAAAAAAAGAAAAGGAACCUGAUUUAUCAGUUGAACAAAGGAAAGAGGAGCAGAAAAAAUAUGGCAUAUACUUUGAUGAUGAUUACAACUACCUUCAACAUCUUAAAGAUACCAGGGAAGUUACAAUGGUGCUGCAACCUAAAGUGUCACAUAAAGGGAAAAAUAAAGUUAAUGACGAAGUUGUUAGUGAUCAGUUUGAUGAUGGUAUAGGAGAGAAAUUACAAUUGCCAAGCUCGGUUUUUGCUUCAGAGGUCGAAGAAGAUGUUGGAUUGUUGAAUAAAGCUGCUUCACAAGGUCUCUGUCUCCAAUUAGAUCCCGAUGUAGUAGCUGCUCUGGAUGAGGACUUUGAUUUUGAUGAUCCCGACAAUGAGCUAGAGGACAACUUCAUUGAAAUGGCUAUGGGAGAAGGUGAAGAUGAUGAUUAUGAAGAUGAGGAUAAUGGAGAUGAUGAAGGCAGUAUGUCCGGUGAUAACUCUGAUAAAGCAUUUAAUUCAGAUUUUGAGUCUGAUGAUGACAGUGAUAGAUCACAGGAAAGAAGACCGAACAUGCCAUCGUGGGACAAAGACGACACAAAGUCUAGAUUCUCACAAUAUUCUAUGUCAUCAAGUGUGAUCAGACGUAAUGAAGGUCUCUCAUUAUUGGACAAUAGAUUUGAGAAGUUGUAUGCAGAAUAUGACGAUACAGAAGUGGGAGCUUUAGACAUGGAUGAGAUAACUGGCUUCAUGCCGGAGUCACAUCGCAUGCUGCUGCAGGCUGCUGAGGAGUUUGAGGAAUCACAACGAAGGAAGGAACUCAGCCGAGAAAAUGAUACCAGAAUGAGAUUCCUUCAACAAAUUGCUGAGGAGUCAGAUGAAGAUCUUGUCUCAGUGGAUGUGGACCCUCAAGAGAAGUGGGAUUGUGAAACUAUACUAUCAACAUAUUCUAACUUGUACAAUCAUCCUAAAAUUAUUGAGGAACCAAAAAAACCACCGAAAAUUAAAAUCAAUGCGAAGACCGGUAUACCUGAAUCAACACUGGGAAAAGACAAUAAACUCACAAUGAAAUCUCUGGCCAAGUUCAACGCAAUGAAUCAAAAUGAGGAUUUAUCUGAUGAUGAACGGACCAAUGCUGAGUCAGUGCUAUCAACAUUGAGUGUUCUGUCUAUAAGACCUAAAGAUGAAACACCAGAAGAAAAGAAAGAAAGGAAACGUUUGUUAAAAGAAUACAGGAAAGAAAGAAGAAUAGAAAAGAAAGCAAACAAAGAAGCGUUUAAGGAAGAGAAGAAACGACAGGAGAAAAUUAUGUUGAAUAAUAGAAAUAAUGUUCAAGGGAAUAGGAUUUUGUGA